AUGGAACCUGCGACGACUUCAGUGAAAUCGCGCGCUUCAAAGGCUUGUAUCAUUUGCCAUAAAAAGAAGAUCCGUUGCAACGUAAACGAAGAGCACCCGUGCUUGAAUUGCCGUGAAUUGGGUUAUGAAUGCAGCACCGUCUUGACGUACGCAGACCUCGAGAAAGGAAGCGCAGAAGAUAUACCUACAGCCCAUCGCCAUCUCCGCGCACGGAAAGCUCGGAUCUGCUCUAUCGUAGUGGACGCCUCGAGUAACCCUGUGGGCAACCUGUCACAUCUAAAUCAAGAUGCACCGCACCUAGAUUAUGAUACGUUGACUGAAUGUGACACGACGUACCUCGGCAGGUCCACAUAUACUGGAGGGGGAAUAUCUAUUGAUGAGGGUUCUGCUAAAAGAUAUAAAGUGGAAAUUGGAGGGCGUGCUCCGGUCGAUAGAGCGAUGCUCGAGCUUGUUCGUGCAUUCGACUUACCACCACGAACGAUCCGAAAUGGUCUUUUGGACAGCUUUCUGCAAAUCUGUCAGCCCUGGAUGCCUAUAGUUGAUCGAAUCGACUGCAAUGGAACUCCCGACAGCGAACCGUCGAUUCUGUUGCUUCAAGCCGUCUAUAUGGCGGGCGCCCGAGUGAGUUCGGCUCCUCUAGGGUAUCAAUCCUGUGAGGAUAUAUAUCGUCGUGCGAAAGUGUUAUUCUUCUCCCAAUAUGAGACCAACCCCAUGACGGUCAUUAGAGCUGCCUGUAUCCUGCAAUGGUGGAAUCCGACCGGCCCAGAACACAUCUCCGUUGACAAAGCAAGCUUCUGGCUUCGCACUUGUGUCAGUCUUGCAUUCGACGUUGGUCUACAUCGGGAACCAAGACUAGGACAAGAACGGUCGUUGCGACGACGAUUAUGGUGGACGCUUUAUGCUAGAGAUUCCCUCAUUUCAGCCGCUCAAGGCAGACCGCGAGCGAUCAACAUUGAAGACUCUGACGUCCGACCCAUCUCGUUAGAUGAUUUUACUUGCCAGGAUAGGAAUGCACACUUAUUCGUCGCUCAUGUUCGGAUAUGUUCAAUCCUCGGGACGCUUGCGGAAUUCUGCAUCCGCAAUGGGCUUACACAUUCCAAACACGUAGCCAUUGAAAGAGAUCUCCGGCUGUGGAUCAGCGAACUACCAUCGUGCUUACGAAUGUAUCAACAAACUCCAGAAAAAAACCCUACGAUGUACGAUCUCGAGAUCUGGCAGCUGCACGUGCCGUACUUCACGGCAUUGACCAUUUUAUAUCGGCCACUUUAUAGUACCAGCAUUCCGUCUCCGGUUCCAUUACUCUCAUCAUCGUUUGUUGUGGGUAUCUUUGAGGACUUCUUGGCGAGAGACGACGUGCGCCGGCUCAAUUCAAUCUUCACAUUCCAUCUCUUGAUUGCCAGCUUCCCUCAAUUAAUGUGCUACAAAUACUCGGCAUUACGGUCAUCCGUUGAAGAUGAAUUGAAUGUCAUCAAAAUGGCCCUGCAUGAGAUGAGCAAGCAGUGGGACUCAGCACUCGGCCCGCUGCGUAUUAUUGAGGGCUGCUCGCGGGAGGUCAUGACGGCACCUCCUGUGGGGACAUUUGGUAUUCCGAAACUGAGUCCAGAUGAAAUAGCUUUCUUCAACGCAUUUGGCCCAGAGUCAUGUCGCAAAUGGAAUUUGAUCUUCAAUUCUGGUAGUCUGAGUGUUGAGCCGGACACAGUGAUUCAGAGGGAGCCUGGUAAUCUUCUCUUUGAUAUGAAUGAUAUCACAACUCCGAUACCACAAGCUCCGUUGGAGAGUUUGCUGGAGUUCGAUCUUUCUCAAUAUGGGUUUUUUAUGGACUGGAAUAGCCUUGAUACACACUGA